AUUAAAAUAAAAAAACAUGAAAAAUGGUAAGAUAUCGGCAAUAAUUUUUUUGAGUUUCAAAAAUUUUGCUGAAGCGCAAUCAUGAGUGAAAUUCCAUCCAGUUAUGGUACUUAACUCUAGUACUUGGCGGUGUUAUUUAUUUUAUGGGAAUUUUCUGGAUUCAUUUUCUGGAUCUUCAGAUUUCACAGGAAAGUACUCUGGGUUCCGUACAUUUUUUUAAAUGACAUUAUAAUAAAUUCGAAGGGUUUUAGAUUAUUCGAAUUAUUAUUUUAUUGACGUCACAGGGUAUAAUUUUUUUUUCUCAAACUUGAAUUGAGAUCGGGUAUUAUUUGUGAUUUUGAUAUAACCUCAACAAUGUCAGGGAAAACGCUGUGCCGGUUAUGUGGAAGAAAUACUAAAGAGUAUGUUAACAUGUUUAGUGAUGAGGGAUUAAAACGAAAAUUGGGGAUUAAAACUGCGACUUGUCUUCAAAUUCCCGUCUCAGUUUGUGAUGUGUUACCAACAAUAAUUUGUCACCGCUGCUGCGACAGACUAGACGACUCGUACGAUUUAUUUGAAAGAGCAUCAAAAGUCCAGGUAUUUUUGGAGAGUAUUUAUCACCCAAUAAGUGAACUCCAGAUAAAAGAAGAUCCAGACUCACCGAAUCCGGAGAAACUAGAUGAACUAUCCCAGCAAAAAUUAUCAAAAAAAGAUGGAAAGAGGAAAAAAGAUAUGCCCUCGAAACCGAGGAUCUGUGAGGCUCUCCAAGGUUAUCCCUGGACCUGUGUUCUCUGCAACAGCGGAGUCCUUGACUCUCUCCAAGAUUUGUCUCAGCAUUAUACGAAUUCCCACAAUCGUCCACCAAUUUUCAAAUGUAUUCACUGUGGAAGGCAAUACGACAGGUACCGAAGCUUCUCAAAACAUUGUAUGUUGCACCAGAGUCCCAAGAAGUUCGAAUGUAAUAUUUGUGGAAAAACAUUCAAUCAGAAGUCAAUAUUGAAUGCUCAUGCCCUCGUCCAUACCGAUAAUAGACCUUAUCCCUGCGAAAUAUGUGGAAAAUCAUUCAAAAGCACUUAUGCAUUGGCAGUGCAUUCUAAACUUCAUUUGCCAGUGGAAAAACGAUCGAAAUUUUCUUGUGAACUUUGUGGUAGAAUAUUCAAAACAAAAAAUGCUCUCGAGUGCCAUGGAAAAAUGCACAAUGAAGAAAGAGAUUUCCUCUGUGAUAUAUGUGGAAAAUCAUUUGUGUCUAAAGGUUCACUUAUCACACAUUUAGGUAUUCAUUCUGAGGAAAAAAGUUAUGCAUGCAAUAUUUGUAAUCGAGGGUUCCGGACUGAGAGACUUCUCAGCAAACACUCGGUUUCUCAUACAUUAAUGAAACCGUAUCAAUGCGAAAUUUGUUAUAAAUCAUUCCGAGAAAAGGGAACGUUGACAGCUCACACGAGGAUUCAUACCGGAGUGACGCCCUAUAAGUGUGACAUCUGCGAAAAAAGCUUCAGAUAUUUGGCUAUUUUAGUAGUUCACAAGCGUCAACACACUGGAGAGAAGCCUUAUACUUGUUCAAACUGCAACAGAAACUUCACGAAUUCAUCAAAUUACAAAAAACACUUGAAAAGAAUGCACAACAGUCUCACAAAUACUGAAGACUCGAAAGAAAAAGAAUCAGAAACUGUAAUUGCAGAACAUGAAUUGACAGAUAUGGAGCACAUACAAUCGGAAGUUGUAGUAACGUGAGAGGUCUUUGGUUGUUAUUUCAGCAGUUCAAGAGUUGAAACGUAAAUACAUAAUUAUUUUUUUGCAUCUUGUUCGUGAAAUUAUUUAAAAAAAUGGGUUACGCCAAAAUUCUGUGCCAUGAAAAAAUUUCUGAAUAUGUCUAAAGUCUUUGGAUAUAUUCUUCUUAUUUUCCAAAAUAAUUACGUAAUU